AGGGGCAGGGUUACAGCAUGGAUUACAGACGGAGGUAUAAAAGCAGGAAGAGCGAGAGGAGCUGUGAGUGUCUGGGUGCUCUGCUGCGUGUGUUUAGGUGUCACCUGAUUAAAACAGCUAUGGCGCUCUGGCUGCUGCCCAACUGAACGUGGGUGUGCCGCAAUGAUGUCUGACUUCUACCUUGCAGAAGAUACAUUUAAAACUUGCUGUAUAGAAUUUGUGAAACAUUCCCAAAAUAUAGCAGAUGGGUGGGAAUGGAAAAGUUUAAAGGGAACAGAUGAAGGCUACAUGUGUAAAGUCUGCUGCCAGUCAAGGCCUAAAAGUAUAAUAUCAUCUGAAAGGAAAGAAACUGAUGAAGAUGAAAGGACUUCAGUUGUUAGUGAAACAGACAUUUACAAUGAAGAUUUUGAUGUCUCUCUUGUACCUCAGCUUACUCAAGAGUCGGAGGUGAUUCACUACGAGUACCAUGUCUUGUACUCUAUCAGCUACCAGGCUCCAGUGCUAUAUUUUAGGGCAAGCUUUCUAGAUGGAAAGCCACUAACACUUGAUGAGAUAUGGGCAAGGGUCCAUGACUGCUUCAGACCGAGCCUUCUACAAGGGCCUUGGGAGACAAUUACACAGCAAGAACAUCCAAUUCUGGGACAGCCAUUUUUUGUUCUUCAUCCUUGUCGGACCAAUGAAUUCAUGUCAACACUUCAGGGAAGCAGUGGCAGAGAUGGAAAUUACAUUGUAUCAUGGUUAAGUACAGUAGGACCUGUUGUUGGACUAUAUCUGCCACUAAGCUAUGGAAAGAACGUGUAAAGGUCUAUGGCCAAGUCAUCUUCUGACAAGGAGUGGUGAGCAACGAGUAUCUUAUGGACUGCAUUGUUGUUCAAGCCAUUAUACUGCUUUAAACUGUUGGACUGUUUAUACUGCCCCUAAACUAUAUUGUGGGGGCUGACAAAGAGCAUGCCCAGUUGGAAUCUAAGACCCUUCAGUAAGAAUGGUGGUCUUGGUAUCAAUGAUGGCAUCAUUAUGUCCUCAGUGUCAUGUAUUUUCAGUCUUCAAGUCCACAGUUUAUUUAGACAAGGAUGCAAAACUGGUUGUUCAGCUGCCACUAACAGCACCCUGUGUACAGCCAAAGGCCACAGCGGGUCUGUUCUUCAUCUGGAGGGCUGCCAUUUGCCUAACUGUUAUCUAAUGGAGCAAGGUCUUUAUGUAGAUCUGCAGCUGCUCCCAAACCACAGCCCUCACCAUCACGGUGACUAUGUAGGGACUUGCAGCUCUAAAACAGUGGGAGAACUACAAGUUAUCGCUGCCUUAAAGUUUACUGGAAAUGAGCCAUGUGGCAUAUAACACUGAAGAAAAUCCCUUUGCAAUAAAUGCAUAACUAAUUGUUAAGUAAUAAAGUUUACAGAAAUGUG